AGGCGAUCUCGGUGCCGAGCCAUGUGGUCCUUGUGAUAGUGAUCGGCCCUUGAAGGAUGAGCAACGGAGAAAACUCCUUCGGCAGCAUGCGGGAUUGGACUAUCAUCGUCAACCCUGCUAGCUCAGGAGGCAAGACAAAGAGCACCUGGCCAUCUACUUUCGAGCAGUUGUGUGCCAUAGCUGCCCAAAUGGGCUAUGAGCAUCCCACAGAAGCGCGUGUGCUCGAGUCCAUGGGCAUGGGUAGCGCGACUGAUCUGACGAGGAAGGUGUUGAGAGAGGGAGCUAAGGUGGUGGUAGCAGUGGGAGGAGACGGAACCUUGUCGGAAGUGAUGGAAGGUUUCUUCGAGCCAGACACAGAUGAGAUGAUCAAUGAAGAGGCCGUGAUUGGGUACCUUCAGUCGGGGACCGGGUCGGACUUUCGCAGGACUCUGGGAUGGCAAAACCAAGAUCUUCAGGAAUGGAUCGUCAGGUUGCUUCGAAGACAAACCAAAAAGUUGGACAUUUGCGGCAGCUGCUUCACUGGAACCGAUGGGACGAUCAAAAAGAGGCAUUUCAUCAACAUGUCCAGUUGUGGGGUGAGCGCGUCAAUAGCGAAACUUGCAAACGAGAAAUACAAAAUGUUUGGGCCGAACUUGACAUAUAUCAUGGCCUCGUUCGGUGGAUUCAUGCAAUUCUCACCUUUCAAAGUUCGAAUCAAGGUCGAUGACAAAGACUGGAUUGAGCAUGAAGAGGUAACCUUCAUCACGAUCUGCAACGGGAAAUUUUUUGGUGGAGGCAUGAAAAUUUGUCCACCCGCGGACCCCUUCGAUGGAUACAUCCAUUUGGUCGUCUACAAAGGCGUUGAUUUCUUAACCUUUCUUAUUUCUCUUCCCAAGCUACUCGGUGGGGAAGGGAUACUAGACAGCAACAGCAUUUUCGUCGAGAAGGUCAAGACCUGCGACAUCCAGGUGGAAGAGAAAGACAAGGGGAAAGUGAACAUGGAGCUUGACGGGGAGUCGAUUGCUGUCCUGCCGGCUCAAUUUCACAUUCUCCCGGAACGGAUGCACAUGAUCAUGUGA